GCCGAGUGUGUGGUUUUAUUGUGAUCUCCUGCAGCAGCAGGUAUUAUGUCCUCAGCGGGGAGAUGAACUGGGAUCAACUGGAGCUCAGUCCGAGGAUCACAGCCGCCGUGAGGAGAGCUAAACUGAAGUCUGUCAGGGAGGUGUUGUGUUUUUCCAGUCUGGACCUGCAGAGACUCACUGGUCUGUCCCUCUCAGAUGUCCAGCAGCUGUUAACCGUCACUGCCAGCGCCUGCAGGAGACGCCCUCCAGUUACAGCCCUCCAGCUGCAGCGGGGGGAGUGUCCUGGGAUCGAGUCCGGCCUCAGACUCAGUGUGGGCUGUCCUGUGCUGGACCAGCUGCUGAGGGGAGGUCUACCUGUAGGGGGCGUCACAGAGCUGUCAGGAGAAAGUGGAGCAGGGAAGACUCAGCUGGCCCUGCAGCUCUGUCUAUCUGUACAGUACCCACCACAGCAUGGAGGACUGAGCUCAGGAGCACUGUAUAUCUGCACUGAGGACUCGUUUCCCAUCAAGCGUCUGCAGCAGCUGAUCAGAGAACAGUCCAGUCUGCGCUCGGACGUCCCUCCAUCUCUGAUCAGCAGCCUCCAUUUCAGCGACCACAUUUACAUCGAACACACUGCCGACCUUGACUCCCUCCAGGUGUGUCUGUCCCGCCGCGCCCCUCUCCUGCUGGCUCAGGGUCUGGUCCGGCUCCUGGUGGUGGACUCGGUGGCGGCUCUGUUUAGGUCUGAGUUUCAGGCUGAUGAUUGGCUAGAGAGGAAUAGACAGAUGCUAACCUUCUCCUCCGCACUGCACCACCUGAGCCAGGAGUUCACUACGCCUGUCCUCUGCAUCAACCAGGUCACAGAUGUUUUCAACCAGUCGAACAACAUUUCGGGCCCUUCGUCCUCCAGCGUGUCCCCUGCUCUGGGUUUGGCCUGGGCCAAUCAGGUGAUGGUUCGGCUGAUGAUGCGGCGUCUCCAGGAGACGGUGGUCACUGGUGACCAGAGCAGCAUCCUUCGCAGGUUAGAAGUGGUGUUUGCUCCUCACCUGCCCAGAGAUGGACGAGAUGCUGCUGUCUGGAGGGAGGGCAUCAGAGGAGUCGGGAAGUCUGACUGACUGUAAAUACAGAAUAAACUUUAUUUAGAUAAUGUCGGCACAACAGUGCGUUCAAAUUAUUAUGUUUUUUAUGCUAUACAGCCAAUUAUAUAUGGAAAUUUUAAUAUGCUUUCUCAUUCACAAAGCGCCUCUCAGGGUUAAAUUGGAAGUUUUCCAGUAGAACUUUGGACUUGGCUUUUUUUGUUUUAUGCACUUUUUACCAAGUGACUGUAUGUCCAGAAAUAUUUGGACAGCAGUAAUAUUUACUUCACUUUGUCCGCUGAUGAGGUGUUUAUACUCAGAAUGCAGUGUAAUAACUCUAUUUCAACUUCCCACAUAGUGAAACAGCAGCUCAGCUCAUGUUGGGUUUUUCCUGAGCUGCAAACCACACCUCACUGACUCCGUCAGCUGUUCAAACUAUUAUUGAUUAUUGUCAAAUUAUUUUGGUUUGUCAUGAUUAAAAAUACCGUAAUUUUUGAAAUCAGAUUAAAUGGGUUUUUUUUUGCGAUUAAUUUUCUCUUAAUGUAGAAACAGUAUGUUGAUCUGUACUGUCUGUACCCCAGCCACAUCUUCAUAUAUAACACAACAGACAACUCCAUGAUGUUUCUGACAGUGCGCAUGCGCGGUUCCACUGUUGUAAAGCGGGACAACAUCGGACUGCAUCAAAUGUUUUUGUUUCAAUCAAAAUAAAAGCGUGAAACUAAUCCUGCCUGCAGACAAACAUCAGGAAUGUGGUUACUGCUUACAUUUAAUGUUUAAAAUAAUUUAUUUCUCUACCUGUUGGUUCAGUAAACUUAACAUAUUGAUAAGCUGGAGGAGUUUUAUUAAAAGCUGAAUUGUGGUUUAACUCUAUUUCUGUUUACAUCUGACUUAGAAAACUUUUACAACACAGAUCUGCUUCUUUCUGUUUUCUGUAGAGUUGAUACAGUCUGUGAUAUCUGUCUCAUUGCUGUGUUGUUAUUCACAGUGUGCUGCUGUUUAUUUCCACUCUCUUCUGUAUUGCCGUCCUUCAGUGGUUUAUUCUGGGACUCAUCAAGUCAUUGUUCAAUCGAUCGUCUGACUUAAUCAGGCAGCCUGACAGUCUAAAUAUCUGACAGAUCUAUAAUGAAAGCUGUUGUCUUUGUAUUUCUUUCUCCUGUAUUUGACUACUUGUCUAUGUUUUCAGUGUGGCGAUGUAGUUUGAGAGGAACUGAUUUAUACUGAAACUCUUCUGAUACUUGUUUGCAUGAGACAUCACUUAAAAACAUGUGUCUUUAACAUAAACAGAGAUCACAGAUUGCCCUAAUUGGUUCCCUUGUAAUAAUUAAAACUAUUGGAGGCUGCAUAUAAACUGAUACACGUGCCUGAUAAUAUUUAAUUAAAUCAAUACUACAUAUA